UCUGACCACCGAGUUCUGAGUUACCUCACAUAUCGUGUUCUCUGGAAACUCUUACUCAAUACCUUACUUGUGUAGCAGUCCCAGCCAGCAUUGCCACCAGUGUAGAGUGAUGACAGAGGGAUGGUGGAGGUGGUGGGGGCUGAGAGUCUGUGAGAUACAAGCCAGUUCAUCCUUAACCCCCGCUAGACGAGGAAGUUACAUUCCCUCCGGCUCUAGUCGCAUUCUGUAUAGCCUCCGUCUUUGAUCACCAAAUUCAAACCCCCCCCCCUAAUUAUUAUUACUAUUUAAAACAAGGUCGUUAAACCUAUAAAGUUUGUUUAGUGUUGCAGUGAAAUUUACUCAAGCAUUACGCGGCUUGAUUUCGACGGAUUAUUUCGCCCUUAUUUUUAUAUUCAUUUUAUCAUUAAGUUGCAUUGACCUUGCUGGGCGUAACAGAGUGAAGGCAGCUGCUGUAACUCUGACCUAUGGAUCACAUACUCAAUAUCAACAUAAUGUCCUGCCUCCUUUGCUGGAUGAUGAUGUUAUGGACCCCAGCGUUUCCCGCCUCCUUUGCAUACAAGACCCAGUCAUUGGACCAGCACUACGUCGCUGUUUCCAGCUAUCCCUUCUCGAAGAUAGUAGGUGUCUUCAGAGUGCUGGACGAGGCCUCGUGCUCGUGUGUGUCCCUGUCUUCGCAGUGUCCUCUCGAGAUUACGCAGAAGUCCGCAUUGAAAGCCACGGGAUUCUCAUGUCCGGUGCAGACACGGUACUGCUGCAGGCGUAAGACACUACUCGACUUGUCCAAGAGUAUCAAGAGCAACCUGAUUACGGCCGCUGCCAAAACUCGUCAACAUUCAACCAGUAUCAAUCACAACUUGACGACUAUACUACCUGCCAACCUUCUGAUACCCAGUAACGCCAGUCGUCCUACGACGACCAUCCCACGCCAGCGUCAGCACUUCACAAAAACAACAACUCAAACACGCAGAGACAGAUCUGGCUGGCGACCCUCUACACUCGACACUCUUUCCAAGUUUACCGGUUACAAAGGCAUUGGUAGAGAGAUUAACUCAUCCUCACAACAUACUUUAGUUACCAUUGAGGGAGACAGCGUUUCCAGGGCACCGCUGGCAGCCAUCGCAGAGUCCAGACAAGGUGAAGAACACCCGAGAAGUGAGAAUGUUCAAAGAAGACCAAAGAUGGUAGCCUGCUCCUGCAUGACUCGAGACGACUGUGUUCACUCCUGGUCCCUCUUCACUGACCUCCCAGAAGUAGAGAUCAGGACCAGUUUAGAGUGUGAGGGCCCUGACGAGUUCACCUGCUGUCUGGGUCGCGUCCUGCCAUCUCGGGCGUAUAACACAGGAGAGGAACAUCGAAGUAGACCCACAAUACCAGCUGUGUGGAGGCCGCUAGAGACUGCCUGGGAGAGUCUUGUAUCAUGGUUCAGCGGAUGAACGUACGACAUAUAAUAAUCGAUAUUAAAUACAAUAGAAUAUAUACAAAUAAAAAUAAUAUAACAUAGUAUCAAAAUGAAAUAUCUGAGAGCUGCUUGCAAUGAAUAUGUAUGUUGGCUAUCGGGACCAAAUGUACCUUUAGGAGAUCAUAUUUGAUUAAAUAUAAUUUCACAGGCGCUGUAUGAUCCAUAAAGGUUUAGCGCUCUAAGGGAAUUAAAAAUGAAUAAUGCUGAAAAUGUAACCUUAAAAAACAUAAAUACGACAAAAAGGGAGGAAAAAACUUCUCGAAUGGAAGUUAAUCAGAAUCGUUAAUAUGACCUCUGACUCUCCAGCUGGUAUUAAGCUGACAACUAUGGCCAGGAGAAAAGUAAAGUCAGACCAAAUGGACAAAAAUCGAGCCGUUUCUAGAAAUCCAGCGACUAGAUGAAACACUGUCAAAUAAAAAUCUUCAGUU